CUCCGCAGUCCGCAGUCGCUCGGCAGUCGGCGCAACGCUCGCCUGUAGACGCCGUUGCGGCGGUAACGCUAGCGAAUAGCAAUCGAUCGCUUUCAUUCACAAUGUUUUGGUCUGAAACUUUAUAAAUACUGUAGUAUACUAUGACCAGUCGGUAAGCGGACUUUACAUAGAAAGUGCAAACACUGCUCGAAGUUUGAAAUCCACAGUGAGAACUGAGAUCGUGUGAGAGUCAAAGAACCGGUUUUGUUGCUGUCAAUUUAUUUUCUCAUCAUGAAGGAUAAAAAUAAACGCGAUGGUGCUCACGAGGCAAUGCUCUCACAAAGUCCCAAGCCAGUGGUCAAGAGAAAAGAAGAGAAGAGUCAAGAAGAAUAUGAGGCUCUUCAAAACUUCCUUCGUAGUAUUAGCUCCACAGCCACCCUACCCCCUUACGUAAAGGGUGAAACCUACUCAUCAGUGCGCGGAGUAUUUAAUCAGUGCCUUAUAACAUGUGCAGUGCUCAUAUUAGCAGCAGGUGCGGGUCACCCCAUUGGUUUUUCUGCUGUGGCUUUGCCACAACUUCGAACGGAAAACUCCACUAUGAGGAUAGAUGACGAUAUGGGGUCUUGGAUAGCUAGUAUACAUUCUGCGGCAACUCCCUUGGGUUCAAUACUCUCCGGACCAAUAAUGGAAGCAAUAGGGCGAAAGCGGACCCUUCAAGCAUCAACUUUACCUCUAGUAGUGGGCUGGAUACUUAUUGGCACAUCCACACAUCACGCCUUACUACUUCUAGGACGUGUCGUAUGUGGUUUUGCCGUCGGUAUAUUAGCGGCACCAUCACAGGUCUAUCUGGGAGAGAUAUCGGAGCCAAGACUGAGAGGUCUCCUAAUUGGAACACCGUUUGUGGCCUAUUCACUGGGAGUUCUUUAUGUGUAUGCUCUUGGCGGGGCGCUACCGUGGAGAUCGGUAGCACAUCUAUCUAUAGUGCUGCCGAUUUUAGCGUUUGUUGCCUUGUGCUUCUCUCCGGAGAGCCCCACGUGGUUGGCAAGACGUGGUCGGUUCCAUGAAGCCAUGGCGGCCAUGUCAAGGUUACGUGGAGAUCCUGAUACUGCGCAAAGAGAACUCCAUGAACUAAUAUCGGCCCGGGAAAAGGAAAAAGCGCGCGGUGAAGAGACUAUUCGUUUCUUCGCGACUGUCCUCCGGCCGCCGGUGAUGAAACCUCUGCUGCUUAUCAACGCCUUCAACAUGCUUCAGAUUCUGUCGGGCAGCUACGUUGUAAUCUUCUAUGCGGUCGACAUUGUCAGGGAUGCGGGCGGUUCUUUGAGCCCUCAUUUGGCUGCCAAUGCGAGUGCCCUUGUCCGUCUAGUUGUGACGGUGUUAGCGUGUGUGAUGCUGCUCAAGGUGACCCGUCGAGCUCUCGUGCUGGUGUCAGGAGCUGGUACUGCGGUGUGUACUCUCGCACUCGCUUUCCUUCUCUCCCAAGGGCCCGGCACUGGCGUCCUUCCACCCACUCUCAUCCUUGGCUACGUCGCAUUCAACACUCUAGGCUUCUUCCUCCUCCCGGGCCUGAUGAUAGGCGAACUCCUACCGACCAAAGUGCGAGGUCUCUGCGGCGGCUACAUAUUCUGCCUCUUCAACGCCGUCCUCUUCGGGUUCACGAAACUGUACCCAGUCAUGGAGAACGCUAUCGGCAUGACCGGCGUCUUUGGUCUCUUCGGUGCCUCGGCCACGUUAGCGACGGUCGUACUAUUCCUCCUACUCCCGGAGACUAAAGGAAAGUCGUUGAUUCAAAUAGAACAGUAUUACCAGAAACCAAACAUAUUAUGGGUUACGAGAAACAGAACUGAAAAUGGUCAAGGUGUUUAGGAAUAGCGAUAGAGUACUUAAUGAAGGAGCUUAUGUCCGUGUGGAUAACAUGAGAAUGCCUACUCUCAGCAUUUAAUGCAACUGCCGCAUUCUUCACAAACACAUUUUCCAAGGCUCUAGAAAAAAUUAGAAUGUUUAUUGUUACUUCGUAGAUCUAAGAUGAAUUUGUGGUAUAUUUAGUGUAACCGUUGUUGUUAAUACCAUUUACUUCGUUUUACAAAUUUCGACAUAUAUGGCAUUAGCUAAGCAUUUGGUACUUCUAAGAUAUGAUUUAUAUUAUAUGUAUACCAAUGUUACAAAUCUAUAAUAUUUUACUAAGGAUUCUAAUAUGCGAAUAGUCGCUUCUUUAAAUAUUUUAUCAAUGCCUUAAUAUAUUAGGUAUAAAACUAAAUGUUUCCUGUUGAGCUUAACUGAUGUUAAAUUAAUACUAAUGAACUAUUUUUUAUCAAUUAUAAACCAAAUGACGACCGUUAUUUUUACCACUUUUUCAAACGAACAAUUACUGGGAUCCAACUGAUCUGUGUAUUAAAAUAUGAAAUUGACAGUGACUUCUUAAUAUCCAUUAGAUCUUUUGUUUUCCAAUUAUUAUUUUAAUGUUUAAUUAAUUCGAAUAAUGUCUAAUUAAUUGUAAAAAUUUAAUUUUUUUAUCGAUACAAAAUUAGUUUUUAGACAUCUACAUUCUACAUUAUAUAAAUUGCUUCUUUAAGUAUAGAUAGGUAUGUUGAACAUAUACCUAUCUGCACGAUCCAAAAUACAUAAAUUGAUGUGUCUACAAUAAUUGAUUUUUCAUUCAUUCAAGUAUAUAGUUACAUAUAAAGUUACUAAAAAGUAAAAAUAUAAUAAAAAAAAUAUCCAUCAAUAGGUAGAACUGUCCAUCAUAUCCAGUCCAAUCAUUUUACGCUAUAUAAAAAGUACUUACUUACCUACAUUUAAUAAACGUUCAAAUAUUCUACAUAAGUACCUAUGUACUUCUUUUACUAUAUAAUAUACUAUUUUCGAUAUAUUUAUACUUUUUAGCAUGCCAUUAUGUGAGAUUAUCUGUGAUUUAUAAAUGACCACGUAAUAGUCCAAUGAUUUUCAUAUUGUAAGGUCUUUUUUAAGUGAUAUAUUUAUAUAGGACAAUUAUUUUUGUAGUUAAGUAAUAGAAAAUGUGAUAAAAAUAAACAACUUGAAAAUA